UAGAGCUCAUCUCCCUGGAACAUUUGGGCCAGUCUUGGGAUGCCCAAUACAUCUGCAAAUGGCUUCUCAGCAAUACUGAGAGUGCCCCCUGACCCAGCCUACUCCAGCACCUAGCUGCUCACUUCCCUCCUGAGCCUAGAACUCAAGAGCUCCUGGAUGACCUAAUUCAGCAGCAGAAUGAUGAGCCUAAGGAAUGGAGACCAGGAAUAAGUGAAGGUUCCCAGCUAUGGAGAGAGCACAUGACCCAGGCACCAAGAAUCAGCAGAGAAACGGACUCCACAGCUGGGAGAGUGGUGCGCUGUUAUCAGAGACUCCGACAGGAACCAUGAGAACAAACCAGCUCAUCAAAUACACUUUGUUUGUCUCCUGUUACCUCUUCUGGGUGGCCAGUGGGCUCAUGGUUGCAGUUGGCAUUUAUGCCAAACUCUCUAAAGAAGCAAGUGCUGUGGAUUCGCUCCUCGCUGAUCCUUCACUGAUCCUGCUUACAGUGGGGAUCCUGAUGUUUGGCAUCACCUUUGUGGGGUGUACAGGAGCCUUGCGUGACCUGCCUGUGCUGCUGAAAAUUUUUGCCUGGAUUUUACUGAUCAUUCUCAUUCUCCAGAUCGUGGCUGCUGUCCUGGGAUUUCUCUUCUCCAGCAUGGUGUUGGAGAAAGCAGCAUUUCUGAUGGGGAAAGCUAUUUCCGGUUAUAGGGAUGACCUAGAUUUACAGAACCUUAUUGAUUAUAUACAGAAAAAGUUUGAGUGCUGUGGGGUACAUUCCUACAAGGACUGGUCCCAGAAUAUUUACUUUGAGUGCCAAGACUCCAACCCCAGCCUGGAACGCUGUGCUGUGCCUUUCUCCUGCUGCAGCCAAAAAGAUCAAGAGGCAGCCAUUACUAGUGUUCUCAACAGCAUGUGUGGCUAUGGGACCCAGAACCUGAGAUCAUGGAAAGCAGAGAGUCUGAUAUACAUUGAGGGCUGCUUGGAAAAGAUUGUUGGCUGGGGGCAGAGAAACCUGCUGCUUGUUGCAGGGCUAGCAACAGGACUGUUUUUCUUGGAGAUUCUCGUGUUUUCCAUGGCCGUGAUGCUCAUUUACCAGAUUGACUUUAUCAUACAGAAACGGAAAAGCACAAGGAGGAGAGGCCCCGAGAAAUAAGUCUGUUGCUCCCAGCAUGAGCCCAGCAUGGUCUCUAUUGCCACUGGUGCAGUCUGUGAAGAAGGAACAAACUGAGAUCUCAGUCGAAACACUGUGAAUACUCCAGAGGGUACCAGGGCUCAUGCCCCAGGUGAAUGAACAGACACUGGAAAGCAUUUUCUGUGCAUCUGAGGCAGAGGCAACUGCUGCUUGGAAAGGACCCUUGCUGCCUGAUGGGAUCAUCUGAUGGGUCUCUCACUCUCUCCUCCCACACUGUUUUAUUGCCAUGGACAUUUGCACAAAACCAGAUCUUUCGUUUCUGAGAUUCCUAAUGCUUAUUCUCCAUCUGUGGUCAGAGUACUCUGGUUGUUUUAGCGAUCAUUUUGGAGGACAGGAUUACAAUUGAAAAGAAACUUGACAAAUUGGAGAAUUGGUCAGAAAUCAACAAGGUGAAAUUCAGUGAAGACAAGUGCAAAGUACUACACUUAGGAAGAAAAAAGUCAAAUGCAUAAUUACAAAAUGGGGAAUAACUGGUUAGGUGUUAGUGCUGCUGAAAAGGAUCUGGGAGUUAUAACAAAUCACAUGAGCCAACAAUGAGAUGCAGUUGUAAAAAAAUGCUAAUAUCAUUUCGGGGUAUUGUAACAGAGUUCCCAGAGAGGCAGGUGGAUAGCCCACCUAGUUUCCAGUCUUGCCUCCCUGCAGGAAGGCCUUUCAGUCCAGUUCCUAACCCUUGUAUGGGACUUGGCUUUAUCUCAGGGUUUUCAAUGUCCUUGCCUUCUCCUUACUAGAGAGGGAGUGGGGUGGAAAGAACCUUACACUCCUCCUGCAGCAAGGGCAGUUGGUAGGGGAACCUGGUCCCUCCCACUCUACCAGGCUCUUACCCAGGGUCCAAUGAGUGCCAACAGUGUCCAGCACCCUGGAAUGCCCUCCACUUUGCCCGUAGGCCAUUUCCUACCAUCUAUCUCCCCACAUGCCUCCAAGUCCUAUAUAAGAUGAUAAAAGAAAAUGAAAAGACAACUAAACCUUCAGCCCAAACUAGGCUCAGCAGGUAGCCCCAUUCCUCACAGGGAGGCUGUUCUGGCACCCUUGUUCAGGAGCCCACAGGAUAGGUCUGUCUUCUUCCCCAGCCUCCCUCUUCUGAGCUACGUUGCUCUCUUUUAAGUUUUAAGGUGCCUCUCCAGUUGGAGCAUGGGCUGCAGGUCUGGAGUGGUGGUGCUUCCUUUAACCCCUUCAGGCCCAGUGUGAGCUUUGUACACUCCAUCACAGGUACAUUAACAGGAGUGUUGUUUGUAAAACACAGGAGGUAAUUGACCCAUUCUAUUCGGCACUGGUGGGGCCUCAGCUGGGGUACUGUGUCCAAUUCUGGGUGCCACACUUUAGGAAAGAUGUGGAUAAAUUGGAGAAAGUUCAAGGAGAGCAAUAAAAAUGAUAAAAGGUUUAGUAAAUCUGACUUAUGAGGAAAAGUUAAAAAAACUGGGUAUGUUUAGUCUUGAGAAAGAUGGCGGAGGGGGAUUUGAUGACAGUCUUCUAAUGUGUUAUGGGCUGUUAUAAAGAGGAUGGUGAUCCACUAUUCUCCAUGUCCACUGAAUGUGGGACAAGAAGAAAUGGGCUUAACCUGCAGCUCAGGAGAUAUUAGGGAAAACUUUCUAACUAUAAAGAUAGUUAAGCUCUGGAGCAGGCUUCCAAGGGAAGUUGUAGAAUCCCCGUCAUUGGGGGUUUUUAAGAACAGGUUGGACAGACACACAUCAGGGAUGGGAGAGCUUUACUUGGUCCUCCCUCAGUUCAAGGGGCUGGACUGGAAGACCUAUCAAGGUCCUUUUCAGGUCUACAUUUCUAUGAUUGUGAUAGCACACUCUGGGGGCUUUGAUCACAGUGGGACGAUUAGCAAUUGCUGCAGGGAAAUUGUGAAUCUGUUUACACGGACCAGUCCCUUGUAAUAACUAAUGGGGAAUGUGCCAAAGGGAAAGAACUGUUUCAUAAUAAAGAUUUCCCCCAUUUUCCAUGAGGUGCCAGUUCUUUGGAGUUUUAAAGCCACAAAGUCCCUGUCAUUGGAGGCUACUGGCUAGUGCAGUCCCUGGGGGAUUUGUAUUACAGGCUCUGUGUUCAGCCAUAUUUGCAUGUACUGUAACUAUACAGAUUUCAGAGUAGCAGUUGUGUUAGUCUGUAUCCGCAAAAAGAACAAGAGUACUUGUGGCACCUUAGAAACUAACAAAUUUAUUUGAGCAUAAGCUUUCGUGGGCUACAGCCCACUUCAUCGGAUGCAUGCAGUGGAAAAUACAGUAGGAAGAUAUAUAUAUAUAUAUACACACACACAGAGAAUAUAAAACAAUGGGUGUCACCAUACACACCCUAAUGAGAGUGAUCAGUUAAGGUGAGCUAUUACCAGCAGGAGAGAAAAAAACUUUUUGUAGUGGUAAUCAAAAUGGUCCAUUUGCAGCAGUUGAUAAGAAGGUGUGAGGAACAGUGUGUGUGGGGGAAAUACACAUGGGGAAAUAGUUUUACUUUGUGUAAUGACCCAUGCACUCCCAGUCUUUAUUCAAGCCUAAUUUAAUGGUGUCCAUACAAGUUAUUGCCAGGAAUGGUUUCUUGAAGAGCUGAACCUUCAGGAUUAUAUAC